GAGCAAAUGGAAGCAGUCGUAAUCGCACACCGAGAAGCCAAAACAUGGUCAGACUGGACAGCACUAGCGGCGAUCCGUACGAUGCGAUGGGGACUGGAUUUGGCUACUGGCUACAAGCAUGACAAGGCAGUAGCCAGUGGUGAGAAGAGUGCCAANAAUGCCAACCAGAAACACGUCAUGACAGCGAGGAAGUACAUGAUCCGAAACGUUUUCCUCGAGUCUGUGGCCGGUGUGCCUGGCAUGGUCGCUGGUAUGCUACGACACCUGCAUUCGAUGCGACGAAUGAAGAGAGACAACGGCUGGAUCGAGACUCUGCUCGAGGAAUCAUACAAUGAGAGGAUGCAUCUCCUCACAUUCCUCAAGAUGGCAGAGCCAGGACCGUUCAUGAAAUUCAUGGUUCUUGCAGCUCAGGGAGUCUUCUUCAACGCCAUGUUUGUGGCUUACCUGGUUUCUCCUCGCACGGCACAUCGCUUCGUCGGGUAUCUCGAGGAGGAAGCUGUGCUCACAUACACACGCGAGAUCGCGGAUCUGGAUGCUGGAAGACUUCCGGAAUGGGAGAACCUGGUGGCGCCAGAUAUUGCCAUCAAGUACUGGCACAUGCCUGAAGGUCACCGCACAAUGCGCGACUUGUUGAUGUACAUCGAUGGAAGACAGAAGCUGACAACACCUCAACAGNNUCGCGCAGACGAGUCGAAGCACCGCGAGGUCAACCAUACGCUGGGAAAUCUCGACCAGAAGGAAGACCCAAAUCCAUUCGUGUCCGAGUACAAGGACAAGUCACUUCCCCAUCCAGGAAAGGGGCUCCAGCAUCCCAAGCCGACAGGGUGGGAGAGGGCCGAAGUCAUCUAG